AUGGCUUGCAAAUAUUGUCCUACAAAAUUAAUGUGUCCCUGUCCAGCUAAAGGUGAAAAAUGCUAUACUGCUGCAAAAAUGUACAGGCAAAAUAUUGAAGAACUACACAAAAGACAAUAUGUACCGAUUCAACCGAAACCUGAUGACGCUGCCCAACGAUUUGUAAUCGUCGAAAACAAUAUGCUGCAUCCCUCGACAGCCACAGCAACUAAAUUUAUACCACCACCACCACCACCACCACCACCACCACCACCACCACCACCACCACCACCACCGCCGCCGCCGCCACAGGAACUUACAGGAUUACUUUGGUACAAAAUACCCGAAAAGACACUUUUAUCCAGUACUCCUGAACAGCGCGAAAUACGUAAAAAUAAAUUUUUAGCUAGACAAUUAAAACCGCAAACUGAAAACUUUUAUUGUUUUACACAUAUGGGAUUUAUAGAACAAGCCUGUUGUCCACGAUGUUAUAAACUAACUAACGAUUAUUAUCCUAAUGAUAAUAGUAUAAAAACAAUUACAUUUGAUUAA